GUAUACUCAACACAAUCCAUACGUAGCAUGUGAAACGGACUGCAAGCUAUGGAGGCUAGUGAAAUAUUCAGAGCGGCAGGCUUCAAGCCAGCGAACGAGAAAGGCAGUCUCAAAGGAAGCAGUACUUGCGAGGAGUCUGCAAAUACCAGCAAAGCUCCUGAUCAUAACGCAAAACCGCAGCCCGAAUAUUAUGAUGAGGCGUAUUUUGACAGCGAUUCGGAGGACGGACGAGAAGUUGCCGGAGGAGAUCGAACAAAGGCCACUGGAGAAGGACAUCAGACAAGAAAGGUGAAAAUGAUGACGGACGAAGAUCUCUUAUUCGAUCCCAAUGCGGACUCGGACGACGAGAAAUGGAUGCGCCAGCGGAUAGCACAAGAACGUGGCGCCAAUGACACAUCGGAGGAUAUCAUAGAUUCAACAACAUUAGCAUGUCCUCUUUGCAUGACGCCCGUCUGUCACGAUUGCCAACAGCAUGAACUCUAUGAAACACAGUUCCGAGCGAUGUUCUUUGAGAACUGCACUGUGGAUACGGCAGUGCAACUCAAAUACCCCGUGCAAAAGCCGCCGAAUAGGAAGAAGCGUAAAGCGUUGACGGAGGCCGAACAGGAUCAGGAUGGGGAAGACGAUGAUGCAGUAUUUUGGCCCGUGAGGUGUGAUACGUGUACAACCCAAGUCGGGGUUAUGGAUGCGGAGGAGGUGGUGCAUUUUUUCAACGUUAUCGCAUCGUGCAGCAUGCUACACUUGAGGGCAAUCAAACCGCUUUAAGCGAGUACGUAGGUAGAAGAACGGCGUACGAAAUUUUGGCCAAAUAAAUGUCAGGUUGUCCCCGGCUGGAUUUUCUGGACCAAUUCGAAAGUGUGGCAAAAAUUGCGCUUCCCACACGAAACCUUUCGCGCCUACGUAAUUAGACGAGAGCGGAAACGGCGCACGACACUUCCUUCCUUG